AUGGCCAGGUCGCGAUCGACCAUGACCACGAAGUUGGCGAAGCCGAUCACCGCGGCGAAGGAUUCUACUCGGCCUCAGUCUUCUGCGGCCACGCUCAAGCACGAGUCGUUCAUGAAUGGCUCAACCUCCGUCUACAUCGAGCAGAUGUAUGCCGCCUGGCAGCAAGAUCCCACCUCCGUCCAUGUGUCUUGGGACGCCUACUUCCGCAACGUUGACAAUGGAGCGGCUCCGGGACAAGCCUUCCAAGCCCCGCCAACGGCCGCGCUCAGCUUGACCGGCGUUCACCAACCAGCAGUGGGCAGUCACAUUCCCACCGACCUGACCGCCUCCGACACGCCGGUCAAGUCGAUUUCGGACCAUCUCAAAAUUCAGCUUCUGAUCCGCUCGUAUCAGAUGCGUGGCCACAACGUCGCCGACCUCGAUCCGUUGGGCAUCAACAGUGCCGAUCUUGACGAUACGAUCCCGCCUGAGCUCGAGCUUUCCUUCUACGGGCUGAACGAGAACGACUUGGAGCGGGAAUUCCUGCUACCCCCAUCGACCUAUAUUGGCGGCGCCGAGUCCAAGAUGAAGCUGAAGGACAUUAUUGCACGCCUCAAGGACAUCUACUGCCUGCGCACUGGUGUCGAAUACAUGCAUUUGACCAACUACGAGCAGCAAGACUGGAUCCGUCGCCGUUUCGAGGCUCCGCGCGUCACCGAGCUCUCCCGUGACCAGAAGAAGGUCCUCUUCAAACGUCUCAUCCGAUCGACGAAAUUCGAGGAAUUCCUGGCGAAGAAGUGGCCCAGUGAGAAGAGGUUCGGUCUUGAGGGUUGCGAGGUGCUGAUCCCGGCCAUCAAGCAGGUCAUCGAUUCUUCCUCCAAUCUCGGCGUCGAUUCCGUGGUCAUUGGCAUGCCGCAUCGCGGUCGUCUCAACGUGCUGGCCAACGUCUGCCGUCAGCCUCUCUCCACCAUCCUUUCUCAAUUCGCCACUCUCGAGCCAGCUGACGAAGGAUCCGGUGACGUGAAAUACCACUUGGGAGUCUGCAUCGAACGCCUCAACCGUCAGUCCCAGCGCAACGUCAAGAUUGCCGUCGUCGCCAACCCGUCGCAUCUUGAAGCCGUCGACCCGGUCGUACUUGGAAAGGUUCGUGCCGAGGCUUUCUACUCUGGAGAUCACAACUGCGACCGCACGAUGGCCAUCAUGCUCCACGGAGAUGCCGCUUUUGCCGGCCAGGGCGUCGUGCUCGAGACCUUCAAUCUCGACGACCUGCCGUCAUACACCACCCAGGGAUGCAUCCACAUUGUUUGCAACAACCAGAUUGGCUUCACGACCGACCCUCGCGCUUCUCGAUCAUCCCCCUAUUGCACUGACGUUGGCCGUGUCGUCGGCUGCCCGAUCUUCCACGUCAACGCCGACGAUCCGGAGGCCGUGAUGCACGUGUGCAACGUCGCCUCCGACUGGCGCAAGACCUUCAAGAAGGACGUCAUCAUCGAUUUGGUCUGCUACAGGAAGCACGGACACAACGAGCUUGACGAGCCCAUGUUCACCCAGCCGCUCAUGUACCAGAAGAUCAAGAAGCAUAAGAACGUCCUCGAGCUCUACGAGGCCAAGAUCACCAAGGAGGGCGUUGCCGACUCGCAGUACGUCAAGGAUGAACUGACCAAGUACGGCGCCAUCCUCGAAGAGGCCUACGAGAACGCGCAAAAGGUCACCUUUGUGCGCAAUCGCGAUUGGCUCGACUCGCCAUGGGACGAUUUCUUCAAGAAGCGCGACCCACUGAAGUUGCCGUCGACGGGAAUUGAUGGCGAGCUGUCGAAGCACAUCAUCGACAAGUUCUCGUCCUACCCCGAGGGCUUCAACCUGCACAAAGGUCUUGAACGCACGCUGAAGGGCCGUAAGCAGAUGGUCGUCGACAACUCGGUCGACUGGGCUGUGGGCGAGGCUCUUGCUUUCGGCUCGCUGCUCACCGAGGGAAUCCACGUGCGUCUGUCUGGCCAGGAUGUCGAGCGCGGUACCUUCUCCCACCGUCACCACGUUCUCCACGACCAGAAAAUUGACCAGAAGGUGUACAACCCGUUGAACGAUCUGAAAGAGGGCCAGGCUAACUACACCGUCUGCAACUCGUCACUGUCCGAGUACGCUGUCCUUGGCUUCGAGCUUGGCUAUUCCAUGGUUGACCCGAACUCCCUCGUCAUCUGGGAAGCCCAGUUCGGUGAUUUCUCAAACACCGCCCAGUGCAUCAUCGACCAGUUCAUCAGCAGCGGGCAGAGCAAAUGGAUCCGUCAAUCUGGCUUGGUGAUGUUGUUGCCGCACGGCUACGAGGGCAUGGGCCCAGAACACUCGUCGGCUCGCCCGGAGCGCUUCUUGCAGAUGUGCAACGAGGACGACCAGAUUGACUUGGACAAGGUCGCUUUCGGCGGUACCUUCGAGGCCCAGCAGCUGCACGACACCAACUGGAUCGUCGCCAACUGCACCACCCCGGCCAACAUCUACCAUCUUCUGCGCCGUCAGGUGCUUAUGCCAUUCCGUAAGCCCGCCAUCGUCAUGUCGCCAAAAUCUCUUCUCCGUCAUCCGCAAGCUCGCUCGCCAAUGGAGGACUUCGCCCCUGGAACGCACUUCAAGCGCGUCAUCCCCGAGGAGGGCGUCGCCUCGCAAAACCCAUCUGGUGUUCAGCGCAUCGCUUUCUGCACUGGCAAGGUCUACUACGAUCUGGUGAACGCGCGCAAGCACAUCGGCAUGGAGAAGGACAUUGCGCUCGUGCGCGUCGAGCAGAUGUCGCCCUUCCCGUACGAUCUGAUCCAGGAGGAGUGCCGCAAAUACCCACAGGCCGAGCUCUUGUGGGCCCAGGAGGAGCACAAGAACAUGGGAGCCUGGGCAUUCAUUCAGCCGAGGUUCAACUCGUUGAUGGCUCGUGAAGCCCGAGGAAUCAAGUACGCUGGCCGUCACCCAUCUGCCUCGCCCGCCACCGGUAACAAGUACACCCAUCUCCAGGAGCAGAAGGACGUUUUCGCACAAGUCUUCAACGUCACCAAAAAGGAUUUCGAAGGGUUCAAGCCC